GCUAAGAAAAAAUUUCAGGCAACUUUAAGAAGUCCUCGUAGUAUCUUUGAAUAUCCAACAUGGCCACAACUAUGAAACCAACUGCUGUAAUGUGCCUGGUUGUUUUAUCUUACAUCGCGAUAUCUGAAGCAUUCCCUCAUGGAAAUGGUCAACAGAGUAUCUACGAACAUCUUAUCAAGUCUUGCCCCGGAUACGAGGAGAAGAAGCGAGGUGAGGGUGGCUGUAACUCUGAGGUCCUCGAUCACGUGCACGACUACGCCGAGGGGGUGAGAGAAACCCCGGGUUACAAUGGCGACAGAGUCGAGAGCUACCUCGAUCAGGCGAACAAUAAACAACUCUGCUACCUCGAUGAACGUUCCGUUGUCCAGAUGGUCUUCGAUGGUUGUGCCGCUAUGGAGAUUGUGUGUGCAACACCCUCAACAGUCGUCGAUCGUUGUACCACCCUUAAAGCAAGGAGAGCUUUCCAUCCUCCCACCAUGCCAACCCGACGGGGAAAUACGAACCCGCCACCUACCCCUGGGCCAACGACCGCUUUACCGGCUACGACUGUCUAAACUGAACGCAAUUUCACCGUAAGAAACUAACACAUCCUGCAGGUCACUAUCACCAAGGUAGCCGGUUAUAAGGACACACGAAAUUCAACAAGUCCGGCAACGACACUUUCAACAAGUCAACUGGAACAACAAUUGCUUACUUUACAUCCGAUGUCAUCUUCACCAGGAAGAAAAGUUUGGUCUCGAUGAAUAAGAUUCGAAGUCUCAUCACUUAAUCAAAGACUAUAAUACAAUAUACAGCUUUAAUCCCAUUGUCAUAGUACGAGCUGAUGACUUAUAAUAAGUACCUUGUGCAGGACCCGUAUAUCUGAAGAAUGAGAUACUAGAUUGAAAUUUAUUUGUAUAUUUUGUUUUCAUACUAAAAUCGAAGUUUGAAUACUAAUAAAUUAUUGAUAUAUUA